UUUUGUUUUAAUGAUAAGUUCGUGCAUUCAAACUGCGCUGGCCUGUCGGAAUUUGGAAUGAAAAUAAAUCAUGUUGUUUUAUUCGAACUUUACAAAUCUACACAAAAAGAAUAAUAUGAUAACAUCUUAAAUUAUCAUAUUGUUGGGUACAGUGGACAACAGUAGAUUAAUCUUUACUACAAAUCGGGUGAAAUGUUACGAGUAAAAAAAUAUAUUUGUAAAGAAAACAUAAAGCAAUAUAAACGGUUUAUAGCUACAAAAACUGGCUUAUGUAUCAACGACAUGCCCCACCCGAAGGGUUUACCAUUAAUCGGUACCAAAUUGGAAUUAUUCGCAGCAGGGAGUGGAUCGAAAUUACACGAAUAUAUAGAUUACCGCCAUAAGCAAUUAGGGCCAAUAUUUUACGAAAUUUUAGGUGGCAAUACAAAAUUGGUGUUCAUAAAUGAACCCGAAAUGAUGAAAACUUUAUUUUUGAAACUGGAAGGAAAGUAUCCUUUGCACAUCUUGCCGGAACCUUGGGUUUUGUACGAAAAAUUGUAUGGAUCUAAGCGAGGAUUAUUCUUUAUGAAUGGCGAAGAGUGGUUAUUUAACCGCCGAAUCAUGAACAAACACUUGUUGAGAGAGAAUUCGGAUAAAUGGUUAGACGAACCCAUAAAGGCCACAAUACAAAAAUUUGUGCAAGAGUGGAAAAGAAAAGCUGAAAAUGGAAGUUUUGUUCCUAAUCUAGAGUCAGAUCUGUAUCAACUUUCUAUAGAUGUUCUAAUCAGCAUUCUUCUGGGUGGCGAAUCUUUGACUCCAAGUAAACAUAACAAAGAGCUACUACUGAAGUUUGCUCAAUCGGUAAAAAAUAUAUUUCAUACAACAACCAAACUUUACGGACUCCCAGUGCAUUGGUGUCAACGCCUGAAUACCAAGGCAUGGAGGAACUUUAAAGAAUCAGUAGAUUUGUCAAUUUUACUCGCUCAAAAAAUUGUGCGGGAAAUACUAAAUAAUAAACAAAAUGUGAGAGGUCUUAUACCUAAACUACGACAGGACAAUAUGUCCGACGAAACUAUAACGAGGAUUGUCGCUGAUUUUGUAAUAGCUGCUGGUGAUACGACAGCUUACACUACACUCUGGGCUUUACUAUUACUUUCAAAGAACGAGUCUGAGGCUCAUGAAUUACUGAAGGACCCAUCACAAGCAAAACACAUAAUUAAAGAAACAAUGCGAUUGUACCCAGUAGCUCCAUUUCUAACAAGGAUAUUGCCAAAAGAAUGUUUCUUGGGUCCCUACAAAUUAAACGAAGGGACUCCAAUCAUAGCUUCCAUCUAUACAUCUGGUCAUGACGAAAAUAAUUUUAGCCAGGCAAACAAAUUUUUACCUUAUCGCUGGGACAGAAAAGAUUCCAGACAAAAGGAGUUACUCAAUCAUGUCCAUUCAGCAUCUUUGCCAUUUGCUUUUGGAUCAAGAUCUUGUAUAGGAAAGAAGAUUGCUAUGAUUCAACUCACAGAAAUAAUAAGUCAGGUUGUAAAUAAUUUUAAAUUAUCCUGUGAAAAUAAAACUGAAGUGGCUGCUAUCACUUCACAAGUGCUUGUCCCAAAUCAAGAAAUAAGGUUGAGAAUGUCAAUAAGAGAUUAGAGAUAAAUAAUGAAUACAUAUAUUUAUUAUUAUAACAUGUAUUAUUUUAAGUAGUAUUUCCUUUAGUUCAUUAUCUUUUAAUAGUAGUAAACACAUAAAACUAUGAAUGUAUGUACAAUAUACUUACACAAAAUUUAUAGUCAUAAAAAGCAUGCAUUCCUAAUAAUACAGACUGAAUUAUUUUGAAAAUCCUAAUGACGAAAUAUCUACAAAACUUCAUCAUGAGAGCAACAUCAUUAAUCCCAGAACAAUAGCAUCAUAAAGGCAGCUUUUUAAAAUGGUAUGUGUAGCUUCAAGGAAAUGAAAAAAAAUUCAUAAUCAUACACAAUUUUUUUUUUGGAUUCAUGUAAGCUUUAAUGUAAGGCAGUGAAUUAAUUUUAUUAUACUUCUCUAUACAUAUAAAGUUACUAAGUAGAUACACAAAUACAUAUACAUAAUUACUAAGUAAGUAGGUAGGUAAUUUCAUUACUAAUAAAAUACACGUACUAGAGGGUAUACAAUACAUAUAGCUGUUAUGCUGUUAAACAUUUCAUCACCUAUUUUCCAUAAGCAAAAUAA